AUGCUCAUCAUCUCGUCUCGCAGUGCGCUGCUGUCCGUCUACUACCCGCAGAUCUUCCUCAUCCUCACCAGCGGUAGCUACCUGGCGCUGUCCUCUGUGGUAGCUCUAGGUGCUAACAUCAUCUGCAACAAGAUACCGGGACUGGCCCCCCGUCAGAGAGCCCUCUGCCAGAGUCGCCCAGAUGCCAUCAUCGUCAUUGGCGAAGGUGCCCAGCUGGGCAUCAAUGAGUGUCAGUACCAGUUCCGCUACGGCCGGUGGAAUUGCUCGGCCCUGGGAGAGAGGACCGUCUUUGGACAAGAGCUGAGAGUAGGCAGCAGGGAGGCAGCGUUCACUUAUGCCAUCACCGCCGCCGGAGUUGCCCACGCAGUGACCACAGCUUGCAGCCAAGGCAACCUCAGCCAGUGCGGCUGUGACCGCGAGAAGCAGGGCUACCAUGACUAUCAGGAGGAGGGCUGGAAGUGGGGAGGCUGCUCGGCUGACGUUAAGUACGGCGUGGAGUUCUCGCGACGCUUUGUAGACGCUCGUGAGAUCAAGAAAAACGCCCGCCGGCUGAUGAACCUGCACAACAAUGAGGCAGGGCGAAAGAUCCUAGAGGAGAGGAUGAAGCUGGAGUGUAAGUGUCACGGCGUGUCUGGCUCCUGCACCACCAAGACCUGCUGGAUCACCCUGCCCAAGUUCAGAGAGAUCGGUUACCUGCUCAAGGAACGCUACAGUGACGCAGUUCAAGUGGAGCCUGUUAGGGCCUCGCGGCUCCGCCAACCCUCCUUCCUACGACUCAAAGAGGCUCGGGGUUACCAGAAGCCCACGGACACAGACCUGGUGUAUCUGGAGCGUUCGCCAAACUACUGCGAAGAGGACACAGCCACGGGAAGCACAGGAACACGGGGCAGACUGUGCAACGGCACCUCGACCAACACAGACAGUUGUAAUGUGAUGUGCUGCGGCCGGGGUUACAACACGCACCACUACACGCGCAUCUGGCAGUGCAACUGCAAGUUCCACUGGUGCUGUUUUGUCAAGUGCAACACCUGCAGCGAGAAAUCGGAAGUUUUCACCUGCAAGUAGGGAAUGAGGAAGCGUGGCACUGGCUGUAGGGAAGAGGCUGGGCAAAACGGACAAUGGCUGAAGAUGAGGGGCUUAUGACAAAGUGGAAUUUGAAGUGAAGGACUUGGAAGUAUUUAUUCAACAAUUUGCACAUUUUUACAUCCAAUUUUGGAAUCCUUUGAAGAAAGGAAAAACAGACGUGAGGUUUGGACAGUGAUUAUAAAAUAAAAACACAUUUUCUUUUGCGCGGUGGUACAAAACGUUGACACGACGCUAAUACGUUGCAGGGGAGAGGUUCUGAUGUCUCUUUUUUUUGCCUCCAGCAAAGCAAUAUUUGGAAGACAACAACAUGCAAAGAUGUCGCUUACAGAUGUCAACGCACAAGAGGAAAAAAACACAACAAA